AUGCCAUUCUUCAAUCAUGGUCUUAUUUCCCGUUCAUCAUCGGGAACCAUAUCAAAUCCCCACCCGUUAGAUGCGCUGGGCGGCAUAUCCGACAAUAUAAAUAUUGCGCAAGGCCUUCUCAUGAGAUCUCAUAUUUCACAACGACAGGCAUCAUCUACAAGCCCUCCCAUUGGAGACCAAACUCUCGAGCCGUUGAAAAUGCAGGGUAGACGUACGGAAUCGGACGAAGCAAGCAAACCUCGGCGGGUGAUGCGCAGCAGCACUACCUGGACCUGUUCAAGUCAAGACAUUCUCUCUGACCGUGAAGAAUUCGAGGACCGAUCAGCCUUUGUUCAGGAAUAUAACCGACUCGCAGCGAAGCACGGAGUCCGCGUUAUCGUUGCGGAUGACUAUGAAGAUAGUGAUCGUUCGACCACUAUUAAUGGCAAACCUGGAAGUUGGUUUUUGAGGAAGAUUCUCAAGAGAAUACCGGCAACGCAAAGCGCUAAACCGGAGAAACACCUGAAGCAUAGGCGUAGCAUUAGCGAUAUAUCUCUACGGCUGAAACUUCGAAAGGAUAAACUGAAGAACAAGAGUCUCCCGGAAUUAGUCCGACUUUGUGGGUUGAGUCCCUUAUAUUUACCUGCAGAAUACGCUACUGGGAAUUUGGCCAUCCCGACAUGCUUUCGUGCGACGGCACAAUAUCUUAUUCAGCACGCGCCCGUUACCAGCGGAGUAUUCAGAGUUCCUGGCUCGCAUCACGUAGUUGAAGCGUUAUACGAUCAUUAUUGCCCCGUCGACGAAAACCCAGAGGUAAUCUCCGGUACGGUUAGAUGCCCGACCCUCCCUGGCCACAUUAGAUGCGACGUACACGAUGUUGCGUCAACGUUCAAAAAGUUACUUUCCGGUUUACCCGGCGGAAUAUUGGGUUCUCUGCUACUCUUUGAUGCCUUCGUUUCCAUUCAAAGCCAGCUGCAAUGGGAUACUGAAUUGACAGGGACUAAACAGCGGAAAGCCUUAGCAAGGCUCAUCGCCCUAGCCAUAUCUACUUUGAGAUCCCAGUACCGACGGGAGCUCAUCUGUGCAGUAUUCGGCCUUCUUUGCAUGGUUGGCCGGACAGCCGAAAUUUCGUCCAGGGACGGAGGAAGCCCGCUCCCUACAUCUGAUCUCAUGGGCUACGCAGCCCUAGGGAUCGUAUUUGGUCCGCUACUCGUUGGAGAAUUGCUUGAUGAUUGGAAUAUACACUUGGCAAAAUCACGGGCAGGACUAGUUCUGCUUCCAAUUAGCCCGCCGAAAUCCAAAAAGCAAAGGCUAAAGCAGGUGCAAAGCACAGAGCAGGGCGUCUCAUUCAAUACGCAGGUGGAUAAAAUCAAGAUUGCUAAUGGCAUCACAGAGAUGCUUAUCACUCAUUGGAGUGAUGUCACCCGCCACAUGAAAACGUUGACUUCGCUCAAAGUUAUCGGUGGCCCUCAAGUCUUUGAAUCCCAUGAUUCAGAUCUCCCAUUCCCACGGACUUCGAUAUCAGAGACAUUUGCUCUACGAAAACCGCCGAGCUGGGACGGUGUUAAGCUUCCGCUAAGGAACAUUGAAAGAAGCGGGUCUCCAACUCCAACUCGAUGGAUCGGUGACUUCAGUAAAGAUAAUCCUAGAGGGAUCUCAGAAUCGCAACAGAACGAUGAUUUGAUGGUUAAAAAGCAGCGAUCACGAACUCGAUCAAAUUCUAGCCAUAUCCUCGCAAAAUCGAAGUCGAUUAGCGCACUCUCCCCAACUGUCGAGGAACUAAUUGAUCCGGAUUUGUUGAAGACCCCCAGAAGCACGUUUAAGAUAGGAAAAAGGAUCAAUGUUCCAAAAAGGUCACACGAAGAUGGUAACAAUAAGCCUCCCUGCUCAUCAUCUCCGCCUUUCGACGCCCCGGUCCACACUCCAGGACCACUCGGCGGACCGGAUACAAAUUAUAAGCAAGAAGGGAGCCCCACUACUCCUCCAGAGGAAGAAUGUGUCGUCAGUAACAUGUCAAAUAUCGAUGUUGCUCCGAUAAAAAUGGAGUAUCAUAUAGAAGCAUCAGACGAGAAUGGCUCCCACAGCCACAUGACUCUUGAGAAUCAAACAACCCCUCGAACGUUCGGGGAAAUUUUACGGAGCGAAUAUCCUCAUUGUCAAGACUCGGAUGCCACUUCUUCCAGGGGAAAACUGCCACAGAGUCCUCAAAAUGAUGACAACAAGGAGCUGGUGGUUUCCACGUCUCCGGGAAAACGGAAGUCUACCACGAUCCGGGCUACCACCGGCAGCCGUCAUGAUGAUCCAAGCGGGCAGUCUUCGGAAAUACCUGGAAAGCGUAUCAAGCUGCGAAAGCAACAUCCAUCGGACAAAAAGAAGAGUUUCCAAGAGGAAAACUUCACCACUGAUGUCGUGGAUUUGUCACCGAUUAAACAAGUUGCGACAUCCCAACAAAUCCCUCCAUUCGGCUUGAAAGGUGAAACUUGGCCGUUUUAUACUUCAGAACAACCCGGCAUCGAAAUAUCCAAUCCGGCUGUGCAACGCGAGCCAACCCAUCUGCCAGAACUGCAGGUCACUCUUCCAAGGCGACUCUCGGAUCCCAUGUUUCCAGAUUUGACACCUGAGUAUAUCUGGGGGUCGUUUAAGAGCCCUACUAAAGAUCAUCUAUCAGCUAUCUCUCAUAAUGAAGAUUUAGCUUCGUUGGCUGUACUUGCACAGUUCAUGCCCAAUGAACCAUUAAACAAGGCUGAUAAUAACGUAGAGGCGGGGGAGACACAUGAUCAAGAGACCAAGAUCCACAGUUCCCUUAGACAUGCCCAGGAAAAUGGGGCCGACGGCGGUCCAGCAUCCAAUACAUCAACCCAGGCCAAUUCUGCAACCGCUUCUUGUCUACCUGAACUAAAUGCCUUCACGAUACAGGGAAAGGACCCCCCUUUACUUCCUAUGAAUAAGUAUAGCCCGGUAAAAGUUGUCCAUGAGAAUUAUAACCAGAAGCUCAAUAGCAUAUUAUCGACAACCAAAACGCCGUCAACUAGUCACGAUGAUCGGAAGGAUCUUGUAGGUCGCGGCAGUUCUCAAGGCAGUGUCAAAGCCCUUGCCGCAAAAUUUGAUAGGCCACCAUCCACUUCAAAAGGGCGUGCGGGGGCAGAAUCUUUGUCUAUCGAUUCAUCGUCCGGUUUUGAAUCACCAAGGAGACUUGGUCUCGUCGCCCCAUACCAUGCAAGUCCAACGUCGCCUACAAAAUCCGAAAAGUCGGGAACUUUGGACCUAACUCCACGGCCAAAUCGCAAUAUUUUGCUAGCAGAACACAACUGGAAGGCUGGCGUGCAUCGGGGUUCGAGACAAGAGAGUCCUUGGACUCCGCAGCGGACCUCUAUACAGCAGCCUUUGGGAAAGUCUAAGCCACCUCAACGACAUCGAAAGCUUUCUAGAGAGAUAAACAACUUCCCUGCAGCUUUUGCAGUGGGUAGCGUCAGCCCAUACUCUGUUUCUUCGGAACAUCUUGAGCUUUGUACGGGUUCAAUGGCAAAGCACCAGGGUAGCGCGCACGUUGAUCGUCCGUCAGGUGGUGGAAAUGUCGAAAGGAAAGUCAUGUCGGCCACUCAGCCGCCUCAAGUGAUUGAACGUAUGAAAUUUCAUCGGCCGCCUUCCAAUGCCCCAAAUAAAGCUCCCGCCAACUUUAUGCAACAUCCUCGUCACUUUAUAGAUGCCUCUAACAAGACACAAUAUCGCAACCAAGAGUCAAGCCCACGAUCACCACGUAGCAACUCGCUGCUGCAUUCGCAAAUCAGGGCUCUCCACCUCCAUAUCGGGAAGAUGGAGGCUGAUAUGCGAAGGUUGAAACAGGAUUUAGAUACAAAGAGCACUCUAGAUAUUAGAACCCUGAGUACCCAGCUUCGAGAGGCUAAAUGGGAGAUACAGAUUUGGAAGAGCAGAGCUGAAACUGCUGAAAAGCAAGUCGAAAUUUUCUCGAAGGUAUCCGUUCGCUCUAAGAGCAACUUUAGUCGAGGGAUGAGGACCCCGCGGUUAUCGCAUGAUAAUGAAAACGUAUGCGGGCCGAAUAUGGACUAUCAAAGCGAGAAUCCCGCAAUGGCGGAUAUAACGAACAGAGGUCUACUUGGGGUGGAGGGUAUACAACACCCCCUCAGGCCAUUCGGUUGGGACCCUGUUUAUGCGACUUUAACCGCAACUCGUAUCAUAGAAGCAAGGACUUGCGAUAAUAAAUCAGCAGCCAUGAAAGACCUUGGCGAGUUACCUCCACUGCCAUCACCGUCCUUUCUCCUAUUACUUCUGUUCGCGGUCACCAAUUGCAUUAUCCUCAUCUCAUGGGCUAUCCAACUAGCGCGGGAGGAGGAGGAGAUGAUCAAUAGGUUGAAGGAGGAGAAAGAAGAGUUGAUCAAUAGCUUGAAGGAGCAGACUGAGUGGUGGGGACUUGCGGUUCGGGCGUUGGAAAGUGCGAGGGCGGUUCUUGAGGAAAAAGAAUUGAAUGCGCAACUAAAAACUGAAAUGAUGGAUGAGCCUCCCGCUUCCGAGGAGCAUAUGACCGUUACUGGAGGGGUUUAA